UGUUUCCCCAGCUGCGCGGUGCAACCCAGAGCCGCCGUGCGCCCAAAGCGAAACUGGUUGGGCGCGGGCCAUCUCUCCGCCUGUCGCCGUCGGAGGUGUUGCGAAAGCGGCCCCGUCUGAACAAGGAGCCCAGGCAAGACCCAGCCGCGGCCGGCCAUGGCGGGAGAGGCGGUGACCAGACGCAUCGGGGACGAAACGGAGAAGUCGGAAUGCGCAGCGUUGCCAAUGGUAGCGCUGAAUCACUCGGUGCGGCGCCGGCUGGCGCUCUUCCUCAACCCGCGCGCCCCGGUGGCGGCCGACUGGACGACGCUGGCGGAGGAGCUGGGCUAUGAAUACCUGGAGAUCAAGCACUUCGAGGCCCAGCCGAACCCCACCGGCCGCCUGCUGGACGACUGGCAGGCGCGGAGCCCCGGCGGGGCAACGGUGGGCCGCCUCCUGAAUCUGCUGCGCGUCCUGGGUCGCCAAGACAUCCUCACCGACCUGGGACCCAGCAUUGAGGAGGACUGUAAGAAAUAUCUCCAGAAGAAGCAACAGGAAGAAUCAGAGCGACCGGUUCAAGUCCCAGCAGUGGACAGUAGCUUUCCGAGGGCAACUGAAAUGCAGGGCAUCACCACUCAGGAUGACCCCCUUGGGCAUACCCCUGAGCUGUUUGAUGCCUUCAUCUGUUACUGCCAGAACGACAUUCCUUUUGUGCAGGAGAUGAUCCAGGAACUGGAGCAGGCAGAACAUAAGCUGAAGCUCUGUGUCUUUGAUCGGGAUGUCCUGCCGGGCACCUGUGUAUGGUCCAUCACCAGCGAGUUGAUUGAGAGGAGGUUUGUUUAGGAGCACCUCUGAAAAAAAAGCUUAAAUUAACCAAAGCGCAGAUAGAGGAGGAACUGGAAUUAAAACACGGAUU